CUGGCCGGCUCCCAGGAAUCCGCAGAAUGCAAACGCGCUCCCAGAGGCAUCUUGCAUCAGCCCGGGAAAGUUUGGUCCUCGCCUGGCUCCCCCGGCCCGGGCGAGGGGCGAGGAGCCCGCUCGCCUGCCGCUGCCACCCCGCUCUGGACUGCUGACAUGCCGGCCACCCCCAGACCAGCCCUGCUGCUGUUGCUGCUGCUGCUGCAUGUCCCACAGGCUGCAAGAGCCCAGGUCAACCCUGCAGUCUGCCGGUAUCCCUUGGGAAUGUCAGGUGGGCACAUCCCUGAUGAGGACAUCUCGGCCUCCAGCCAGUGGUCAGAGUCCACAGCUGCCAAAUAUGGCCGACUGGACUCAGAGGAUGGUGAUGGUGCCUGGUGCCCUGAAAUUCCAGUGGAGCCUGACGACCUGAAGGAGUUCCUACAGAUUGACCUGCAUGCUCUGCACUUCAUCACGCUGGUGGGCACCCAGGGACGCCAUGCUGGGGGCCACGGCAAUGAGUUUGCCCCCAUGUAUAAGAUCAACUACAGCCGGGAUGGCACCCGCUGGAUCUCCUGGAGGAACCGCCACGGGAAGCAGGUGCUGGAUGGGAACACCAAUCCUUAUGACAUUGUCCUCAAGGACCUGGAGCCACCCCUCAUCGCUCGCUUUGUCCGCUUCAUCCCUGUCACUGACCACUCCAUGAACGUCUGCCUGCGUGUGGAGCUGUAUGGCUGUGUUUGGCUGGAUGGUCUGGUGUCCUACAAUGCUCCGGCCGGGCAGCAGCUUGUCCUUCCUGGUGGCACUGUCAUCUACCUGAACGACUCGGUGUAUGAUGGAGCAUUUGGGUACAGCAUGACAGAGGGCCUAGGCCAGCUGACAGAUGGGGUGUCAGGACUGGACGACUUCACGCAGACCCACGAGUACCACGUCUGGCCAGGCUAUGACUACGUCGGCUGGCGGAACGAGAGCACCGCUAGCGGCUACGUGGAGAUCACCUUUGAGUUCGACCGCAUCAGGAACUUCACCGCCAUGAAGGUCCACUGCAACAACAUGUUCGCCCAAGGGGUGAAGAUCUUCAAGGAGGUGCAGUGCUACUUCCGCUCCGACACCAGUGAGUGGGAGCCCAGUGCCGUUUCCUCGGUGCUGGUGCUGGAUGAUGUGAACCCCAGCGCCCGCUUUGUCACCGUGCCCCUGCUCCACCGCAUGGCCAGUGCCAUCAAGUGCCAGUACUACUUUGCUGACACCUGGAUGAUGUUCAGCGAGAUCACCUUCCAGUCAGAUGCAGCCAUGUACAACAACUCAAUGCCCCCCCUUGAGAUGCCCAUGGUACCCACCACUUAUGACCCCACGCUCAAAAUAGACGACAGCAACACACGCAUCUUGAUCGGGUGCCUGGUAGCGAUCAUCUUCAUCCUGGUAGCCAUCAUUGUCAUCAUACUCUGGAGGCAGUUCUGGCAGAAGAUGCUGGAGAAGGCCUCACGGCGGAUGCUGGAUGAUGAAAUGACCGUCAGCCUCUCCCAGCCCAGCGAAUCCAGCAUGUUCAACCACAACCACUCCUCCUCCUCCAGCGAGCAGGAGUCCAGCUCCACCUACGAUCGCAUAUUUCCCCUGGGACCCGACUACCAGGAGCCCUCUCGCCUGAUCCGCAAGCUGCCUGAGUUCACCCCAGGGGAAGAGGACACAGGCUGCAGUGGCCCCAUGAAGCCAUCCCUGGCCAGUGUCCCCGAGGGUGUCCCCCACUAUGCCGAGGCCGACAUCGUGAACCUGCAGGGUGUGACAGGCAGCAACACCUACUCAGUGCCAGCCGUCACCAUGGACCUGCUCUCUGGCAAGGAUGUGGCUGUCGAGGAGUUCCCCAGGAAGCUGCUGACCUUCAAGGAGAAGCUGGGGGAAGGCCAAUUUGGGGAGGUUCAUCUCUGUGAGGUGGAGGGGAUGGAGAAGUUCACAGGCAAGGACUUUGCUCUGGAAGGCUUGGAGAUUAGCUCCAACUGUCCUGUGCUGGUGGCUGUGAAGAUGCUGCGAGCAGAUGCCAACAAGAAUGCCAGGAAUGAUUUUCUGAAGGAAAUCAAGAUCAUGUCACGGCUGAAGGACCCCAACAUCAUCCGGCUGCUGGCGGUGUGCAUUGCAGAUGAUCCACUGUGCAUGAUCACUGAGUACAUGGAGAACGGAGACCUCAACCAGUUCCUGUCCCGCCAGCAAGCAGGAAGUCCCACUGCCAGCCACCCACCCACUGUCAGCUACAGCGACCUGCGGUUCAUGGCCACCCAGAUCGCCUCUGGCAUGAAGUACCUCUCUUCCCUCAACUUCGUGCACCGUGACCUGGCCACACGCAACUGUCUGGUGGGGAAGCAGUACACCAUCAAGAUCGCCGACUUCGGCAUGAGCAGGAAUCUCUACAGCGGGGACUACUACCGCAUCCAGGGGCGGGCAGUGCUGCCCAUCCGCUGGAUGUCCUGGGAGAGCAUCCUGAUGGGCAAGUUCACGACAGCCAGUGAUGUGUGGGCCUUUGGAGUGACACUGUGGGAGACCUUCACGCUCUGCCGAGAGCAGCCCUACUCCCAGAUGUCCGAUGAGCAGGUCAUCGAAAACACAGGAGAAUUUUUCCGGGACCAGGGCCGGCAGACCUACCUUCCUCAGCCUGCACUUUGUCCUGACUCAGUGUAUAAGCUAAUGCUCAGCUGCUGGAAACGGGACACUAAAGAUCGUCCCUCCUUCCAGGACAUCCAUCGCCUUCUCCAGCAGUCAGCCAGUGAAGAAUGACCCUUUGCUUCCCCCUUUCUGGUCCCUGUUCCUCCCCAGCCCCUGAGGAGCCCCGUACGCAAACCAAAGCCACUUCACUCGGACUUAGCAAUCAAACCCAGGCAGCUGGUCUUGUUCUCAUUGUACAGUGAAGCCUCAGAGAAAAUCCCAAGGGCAGCAAGAAGAGCUACGGCAUGAGACAACUUGGACCUCCCACUCACUGGCUGACCCAAGCCCAGGAGUGAUAUGGGCUGAGACAAGGGUUAUUUAUUGAUGAUGCAGCUUGUUCUCGAUGACAAUGAUCAGGACAGAGCAGCUUCUCUCCUCUGACCAGAGGGGAGGAACAUCAACUGGAUUUUCUCUGUGAGGAAGCUCCCAGCCCAUGUGCAGCACAGGGAAAGGAUGUGUGCAGGUUAUGUGCCUGCUGGAGCCAGGACCGUCCAACAGCCACUGCCUGCUCAAGGAGGUGCUGGGAGUAGCCACUAGCUCAUAGUGGGCUGUGCAAUUACAGGGCAAAACCGGGACCUCUCUGGACAUUUUGGGCUUUGGGCAGGCUGUACUGGAUGGGCAGGAGGUCCCAUCCCUACCGGCCAGACCCCUUUAUGGUGCUCCCAGCUCUUUGCCUAGCUGCUGAGGUGGGCAGCUGCUCAGUUGUGGCUCCUCCCGUCAGCCACUCCAGCAAGACUGUGUUAAGAGGGCCUCUUCUCACCAAUUACAGCCACUCCAGAGCUGCUCAACUGCCCAUGAAGUGCAUUUUGGAUGCCCUAUGGGUACUGCGCAGCAGAUGGCAGCAGGAUGUUAGUACCUUUAACCUCCCAAGUCAAAUCUGCAGGUCUUCCUCUCCCAGGUUUAACCUGUGUCUUCAGCUGUCAUGAGGGGAAUGCACAUAGAGCUUUCAACAGCUGCUGCCCAAUGCACCAGCCUGUGGCAGCCUGUGGCCAUGAAGCAGCAGACACCCUGGCCUUGCCUGGCUCUCAGCCCGGCGAUCACAGCUCAGCUAGAGCUCUUGGGCUGGAUUCUGCUGCCCCAAGCAUCCUAUGGGCAGUCUGGCACCAGUCCGUCCUCCCAGAGCUAGCAGCUUCGUGAGCAAACUGGGCAGAUACCAAAGCUGUGUGCCUCCAGGAGGCCUGGCAGGUUGUGCCAUCAUGCCUCAAAAUCUAAUCCUCCUGCAGCUGGGCAGGAGGAGCUUUGUACAAGAGGGUACACGGACCCCCCCAUACUUCUGUAUGCCGUAGUUCAGCACCACCAAGUCACGCGUGGCAGAGUUUCCAGCACACUAUCGCUAAGAGAUACAUGUAUUCAGUAGAUGCACCUAGAUAUAGGGGCAAACCCGCUGAACAGACACUCGCUACGUCCGUCUGCUUGCAUGGUUUCCUUGCGCCACUUCAGAAAUCCUCUCGCCUCUUCCCUUGGCGCUGCUGUGAGCCCAGCCCAUAGGUGGCUGCUGGUGGGGGAGGAGCUCUGGGGCUGCACUGUGUGCCCACAGGUUCUGUGUGUGGAGAGCUUGGUGGAUCACACACCGCUAAUAACGUAGGAGAAGGAGGAAGGGUGCUUAAGGGACGUGGUAGGGACCCGGUUGUUGGCCCAUACCAGUUGCCCAUCUCCCUGGGUGACAAGGAGGGUGCUCUGAGGCUCAGCAUCCAUGUCAGGAAAUGUCUGCUGGCAGGAGGUGAGGUGGGACAGCGAGCCCGGGAGAGUGGCAUAGGGGCUUGUGCACUGCUGUGCCUGUGUGUGGUCAUGGCUGUCAGACAGGUCUUACCCUGUGGCAGUAUGAUUCUCCAGGGCUGAGCCAGGAGCGAGGACAGGCUUUGUUUAUGCUGCGUAAUUGGUACCUGCCAGCCUCCGCCCUCGGAUGCGCUCUUGCUGCUCAGGAUGUGUCAGGGCUUCUCCCAGCUCGUCCUCAAUGAGCAGGAAGCUGAAAACACCGGGCUGGGUAGGGGCAAAUUUGCCCUGGGGGCAGCACAGCUCCCACGGAACAGAACCUCUGCAAAAGAUGUGCACACCCAUGGGUGAAACGGCGUGUAGGGUGCU